GCAUGUCAAUGACAUAUAUCACCAAGAAGCAUGACUAUGCUGCAACCUUGGAUGAGAAGGAGCCGUCCGAGGAUCAGAAGUCGGCCAGUGUCAAGAGCCUACUUGUUCGGACCACGAAACUUACCACGGUUACCAUCAAGUUGUACAGGCUCAUGGUAUUUGUUCGGCUGACCAUCUUCGUGCUGUUCUUCAAAUGGCGAGUCAGCACUGCUCUUACAGUGAUCAGCGACGGCACAACUACAGUUCGUGCAAUGUGGACCAUGUCCAUCGCCGGCGAGCUCUGGUUCGCCCUGAUGUGGGUGCUGGACCAGCUGCCCAAGAUGCAGCCUGUCCGGCGCACCGUCUACGUCACGGCGCUCGAGGAGCCGCGGCUUCCGACCAUGGAUGUAUUUGUCACCACCACCGAUCCCGAGAAGGAGCCGCCGCUGGUGACCGUGAACACUAUCCUCUCCAUCCUCGCCGCGGACUACCCCCCAGACAAACUCACGUGCUACGUCUCAGACGACGGCGGCGCUCUGCUCACGCGCGAGGCGGUGGCGCACGCUGCCUGCUUCGCCAGACUGUGGGUGCCGUUCUGCCGGAAGCACGGGGUCGAGCCGAGGAACCCAGAGGCCUACUUCUGCCCCGGUGUCAAGGCGAGGGUGGUGUCAAGGGCUGACUAUAUGGGAAGGUCGUGGCCGGAGCUGGCACGGGACCGGAGGCGUGUGCGCCGGGAGUACGAAGAACUGCGGCUGCGGAUCGACGCGCUCCACGCCGGAGACGUGCGGCCACAGCAAUGGUCGCGCGGCACGGCGGAAAAUCAUGCCGGAGUUGUUGAAGUGCUAGUCGGUCCUCCGGGCAGUACGCCAGAGCUCGGCGUCAGUGAUCUUCUGGACCUCAGCUCCGUCGACGUGCGUGUUUCAGCGGUCGUGUACAUGUGCCGGGAGAAGCGCCACGGCCGCGUGCACCACCGGAAGGCAGGUGCCAUGAACGCGCUGCUCCGCACCUCGGCCGUGCUCUCCAACGCGCCCUUCAUCCUCAACCUCGACUGCGACCACUACGUCAACAACUCGCAGGCCCUCCGCGCCGGCGUCUGCCUCAUGCUCGACCGCGGCGGCAGCAACGUGGCGUUCGUCCAGUUCCCGCAGCGCUUCGACGGCGUCGACCCCGCCGACCGGUACGCCAACCACAACCGCGUCUUCUUCGACUGCACGGAGCUCGGCCUCGACGGCCUCCAGGGACCCAUUUACGUGGGCACCGGCUGCAUGUUUCGCCGUGCGGCGCUAUACAACGCCGACCCGCCACUCUGGAGACCACAUGGUGGUGACCGCGACGCUGGCAAGGACGUCGCCACAGAGGCUGACAAGUUUGGCAUCUCGACGCCGUUCCUUGGCUCGGUGCGUGCGGCCCUUGGCUUGAACCGGUCGGAGCAAUGGAACACAACUACUAAACCGCCGCGCUCGUUCGACGGGGCUGCCGUCGGCGAGGCAACCGCACUUGUCUCGUGCGGCUACGAGGACAGGACGGUGUGGGGCCGGGACAUCGGCUGGAUAUACGGCACAGUGACAGAGGACGUGGCCACGGGCUUCUGCAUGCACCGGCGAGGGUGGCGCUCCGCCUACUGCGCCACCGCGCCGGACGCGUUCCGCGGCACCGCGCCCAUCAACCUCACAGACCGGCUGCACCAGGUCCUCCGCUGGGCGGCGGGCUCCCUCGAGAUAUUCUUCUCCCGCAACAACGCCCUCCUCGCCGGGGCCCGGCUCCACCCGCUGCAGCGCCUGGCGUACCUCAACACGACGGUGUACCCGUUCACCUCCAUCUUCCUCCUGCUCUACUGCCUCCUGCCGGCGAUCCCGCUCGUGACCCGGAGCGCGAGCGCCUUCUCAGUCACCAUGCCGCCGUCGGGCACGUACAUGGGCUUUGUGGCGGCGCUGAUGCUGACGCUGGCCAUGGUGGCCGUGCUGGAGGUGAGGUGGUCGGGCAUAACGCUGGGCGAGUGGUGGCGGAACGAGCAGUUCUGGAUGGUGUCCGCCACGAGCGCGUACGCGGCCGCGGUGGUGCAGGUGGCGCUCAAGGUUUCGGCGGGGAAGGAGAUAGCCUUCAAGCUGACGUCCAAGCAGCGGGCGUCGAGCCCCGGUGGCGGUGUAAAAGAGAGGUUCGCAGAGCUGUACGCCGUGAGAUGGACGGUGCUGAUGGUUCCGACGGCCGUGGUGCUGGCCGUGAACGUGAUGUCCAUGGCGGCAGCAGUACAAGAGGGGCGGUGGAGGAAAGGCCCCGCGGCGGUGCUCGCGAUGGCGUUCGACGCGUGGGUGGUGGUGCAUCUCCACCCCUUCGCCCUUGGUCUCAUGGGCCGUUGGAGCAAGACGUUGAGCCCCCUCCUCUUGCUCGUCGUAGGGUUCACAGUUCUAUCACUAUGUUUUGUCCUCCAUUUGCAUAUGCUUUAAUAUGCCUGUUAUUUGGCCCACUAGUAAAAUUUCAAAUGCAAUUGCUUCACUAACUUAACUUUCUAGUACUCCCUCCGCCCCAAAUUUGACUAUUUGUCU